AUGACAUCUUGCAAGAAAGGUGAUCUGCGACUCGAGGCACAGCGCCUAGAGAAAUGGACCUACGAUCAGUUCGCUGAGUACCAACAUCAACACCUCCGGAAUGACGGCUACGAGUACGAUCUCAGCACCAAGGCUAAGAACUAUAUCCAGCGUUGGAUCGACAUCGACACGGCGUCCUGUCACUUUCAAGGAGUUGACGAGGACUUCUGGAAAGUCUCGCUGACUGUCUAUGAAAAGAUGCGCAGCGUCCCAGAGACGAAGCGCGUCGCCUUCUUCUGUCGGGAAAAUGACUUUGUCGAGAAGAACACCAGCAUGGACGACCGGGCGGUGACGGGAAAGGAGAUCGGCACCCUGGCGCUGAUGUACUCUCUCAUCGUCCAGAUGAUCGACCUGCUGCCCGGGAGCGACAACGCCCAGUUCGAGGCUAGCUUGCUGGCACAUCUCAAGCGCAUCGAUGGCUCGAAAUGUACAUGCCAAGACGGCCUGGACGCGAUCACCCACCUUCUUGCCCUGCUGGGCAACGACAUGGUUAUCAUCAUCGACCACGUCGAUGCGCUCGAGACCGACAACAGCGCCAGGGAGGCGAAUGCAAUCUGGACCACGCUGAAGGCCAAGCUCGGCGCUCACUUCUUCAAGACGAGAACUUGGUACUCAUACUAUAGGCAAGGUGCCAGUUGCUAUCAAGAUGUUGGGUACUCGAAAAAGGAACAGUUCUCGGUGGGGCCUGGAAUUCUUCAUCGCAAACACUCGUUGAAAGAGCUCGAUUUUGAGAUGCCCAAGAUUCCUCGUCAGCAGCAGUUUCCUCUUUGA